AUGUUGGAUAUUGCCAAAGAGGUGGCGGGCGGCAGAAGAGAGACUCCGGUCGACGGCACUCCCGUGGAUUAUUGGACCCUCUACGAAAGUGCGUGGGAUAAAGACCCGAAUGAAAGACCCGAUAUUGAAUACAUACGCAAAAAGUUGGAUACCAUACGAUUGUUGCCGACGUAUACGAAUGAUCAAAACAAACCACAGAGGUUGUCUAUACAACAGAAACCUGCGAUGAACGAUGGUAUGAUAAAUAAGCCCCCCAGUUAUGGCACAAAUAUUGGAAUGAAGACUUAUAAUACCCCUCCGGACUCGAAUGAAUCUCACCGAAGGACCCCACCAGGUAGUGGUGUUACUCCAACUACUUACAAUAAUGUAACCCCGCCGAAUAAAAAUCGAAAUCAAGAAAACCAAGGUCCUACGUACAAUCGAGCACCACCAAAUUAUAUGCCGCCAUCGAGUUCAACGGCAAACCAACCCGGAACUACGCACACCAAUAAUAAUAAUACGCCAUACCACGAGAUGCAAAGUCAAAUAAAUCAAAUUGAUGGCAGUGUUUACACGCCAACGAUCCAGGUUAAUCCCCUAAUGCCGCAAAAUCAGAAUAAUGUGUACAAUCAAAAUCAAAUGUAUCCACCAACUCAACCUUCAGGUGGCUACGAAUAUUAUAAUCAACAAGCCGAAUAUAUGAACGGUGUACCUCUCUAUCCGCCACAACAAUCUCAGCUCUACACUCCGCAGCCCCAGCAACCAUCCUAUCCACCUCAAACCCCGCCAUAUCCGCCGCAGCAAUCUCAACAACCUUAUCCACCACAAACCCCACCAUAUCCACCGCAAACCCCGCCGUACCCAUCAUCACAAUCGCAACCCUAUCCGUCUCAAACCUCCUUAUAUCCACCUCAAUCCUACUCACCUCAACCAUAUCCACCUCAACCCUAUCCAUCUCAGGCUCAGCCCUAUCCACUUCAACCCUACCCUCAAUCUUAUUCGCCUCAACCUCCAUCCCAAAAUCAACUUUACCCACCUCAAAAUCAACAACCCUACCAACCUCAAAAUCAACAACCUUACCCACCUCAAAAUCAACAACCCUACCAACCUCAAAAUCAACAACCCUACCAACCUCAACCUCAAAAUCAACAACCCUACCAACCUCAACCUCAAAAUCAACCACACCCGCCUCAAAAUCAAUAUUACCCACCCCAAAAUCAACAAUACUCGCCUCAUUCUCAAUCCCCGCAACUUAAACCUCAUCCACAACCCCAGAAUCAACUGCAUUCACAAUCUCAGCAGCCAUAUAAACAUAAUCUAUCGUCACAAGAUAAUCCACCACAAAGUCGUACUGGAGCCCGUCGCCCUAAUAUCUAUUCAGAGAUGAAGAAAUGUAGUGAGCUUUGCGAAAGGUACAUCGAGGAGAAUCAAUCUAAAAAGGGUUAUGAAGAACUCGAACGAUGUCAUCCUGGACUUCACGUUGCAGCUGGUGACGUGGUAGGAUUACAGUAUCACAUUGAUGCCGGAGAUCCUAUUGUCAUUGUUAAGGAUAAUGACACUAAGGUGUCGGUACCAUAUCUGUACGGGUGCAUUCCCGAACCUUUGAUACACAUUGCAUCGGCUUAUUGCAAAGGAAAGACAUUAGUAAGCAUGCUGAAAACUUUGAAACAAUAUGAGGCUGAUUUCAAGGCGAAGAACUAUGAAAAGAAAACAGCUCUUCAUAGAUUAUUUGAGAAUACGGUAGCACGGAAAGAUAUAAUAGAGAAAGAGAAAUUGGAAAGGUACGUGAAGUACACGGUAGAAGCGAUAGAAAUACUAUGUGACAAUGGUUGUCCGAUAAAUGCACGUGACAAGGACGGCCUGACCGUACUGUCGUACUUUUUGGCCGAGCCGAAAAACAAUCCCAAUGAUAAGGAACACAUAAUCACAGCCUUGCUGAAUAAAGGGGCCAACCCGAAUUUGCCGUGCACUGUGAAAGGGACAUAUAGAAAUGAUUUCUAUGCCCCUACGGCGUUGUUCUUGGCUGUAAAAUAUGAUUGGUCCACCAACAUAAUUAAAUUAAUGAUGCAAAAGGGCGCCGACGCCCGGAUAUGGGAUGACAGCAAGAAGAUGAAUAUAUUAUGCUUGGCGGUUCAAGAAAAAAAGCAUGCACUGGUCAAAUGGCUGGUGGAACACAUUCUCGCUUUGUCGGACCCUCAAAGUAUAAAAAUGGCCAAGCGACAUGACCCAAGUCUCGUGGGAAAGUUCAAACUAUCAAAGAGUGGGUCGCAUCGAAAAUUGGACUCUAUGAACAAUAUAGAAAAUUAUCCGGAGACUAAGAGUGGACUAGGAGACCCUGAAGGACCGUGGGACGUUAAGAGGGGAUAUGUGGUAAAAAUUGAUGAAAAGUGA